AUGCAGUUCACCAUUGCCGCCAUUGCUGCUUUCGCCGCCUCUGCCUCUGCUGCAGCUCUUAACACCACCGCCCCUGCUGGCCCCGUCUACGUCACUGAGGUUGUCACCCACUUGACCACUUUCUGCCCUGCCGCUACUGUCGUCACUGCUGGCUCCCACACCAUCACCGUGACUGCUGCCACCACCCUCACCAUCGAGGACUGCUCGUGCACCAUCACCUCUCUUAAGAGCACUGCUGCCCCUUCGGCUCCUACUGCCCCCGUCGUCGUUGCUCCCUCUGCUCCCUACAACAACGGCACUGUUGUCACCAAGACCUCCGGUUACGCCUCCGGCACCGGUGCUGCUGCCACCUCCACCAAGCCCGCCCACUUCACCGGCGCUGCUUCCGCCAUGAACGUUGCCGGCGCCGCCGCUGCCGCUCUCGGUAUGGCCGUCCUCGUCCUCUAA